AUGGGGAAGAAACCUAGACCUAAACCUAACCCUAAUUCGCAUAAGCGUCUCAGACGAGAUGCAGUCAAUUCAUGGUCGAAUCUUCCUUCAGAUCUCCUAGCUUCGGUUUACGAACGCCUCGGCUUUGUUGAUUUACAACGAGCUAAAUCCGUCUGCCCUUCUUGGCACUAUGCUUCGAGACGAUUCGUGCCGAAAUGUCACAUCAUCCCCUGGCUGUUUAUCUUGCCCAAAAACAACAAGAACAAUUCUUUCACGUUUUUCAAUCCCCAAGAAAAAGAAAAACUUUACAGAACGCAAGAUCUUGGUGUUGAGUUUGCAGAGAGUGUUUGUAGGGCAACCUAUGGAAGUUGGUUCUUGAUGCAAUAUCCACGUCGUUAUAAUCUCUGCAUGGUGAAUAUCUUUACCAACGAGAAGAUCAAUCUACCUCCUGUGGAGUAUCAACUUGGAACGACAAAGAUAGAGCGAACCAAAGAUGACGGUUUUCGCAUUUUAGGGCACGAUGGACGAGAGACCAGACGUAUGAACAUACGAUCCCCUGUGUUUUGGAUUGACGGGAAAAGCAAAGAUUAUAUUGUUCUAUGGGGCCUUUCAGGAUUAUGUGUAGUUUAUUCCAAGAAUGGAGAUACCUCGUGGAGUCAAAUCCCCAAAAGUUCGGAUUGUUAUCACAUGGUUUACAAGGAUCACAAGCUUUACUUCUUAACCUCCAAAGUUGAUGGUUUGAAAAUAUUCGAUUUUUCUGAACAUUUCCGACGAGAAGCCUUCCACGGUAGUAUUUCUACUCCAAUAUAUUCUAAUGGGACGAAACUUGUUGUCACAGUAAGCGGAGAUGUUCUCAAGGUUAAAAGAAUGUUUGACUCUUGGUCAGGAAAUUCCUUCACUAUCUACAAAGUUUAUUCAUCGUUAGGUUUCCUUGAGGAUCAUGAAGAGGUUGAUUCUCUAGGGGACGAGGCAAUGCUUUUGGAUCAAGGCAUCACUGUGCCCGCCAAUGACAUUGAAGGAAUCAAGCGAAACUCCAUCUACUUCAUUGGUAAUCUUGAUAAGAACACAACUGAUAUUUCUGUUUUUGAUCUUGAGACGCAGAAGACGGAGCUAAUUCACAAAUUUGAUUGUUCGUCUUAUCAACUCUCUAAUGCCCGAUGGUUCUUCCCUUACCAAGUAUCUUAG